CCCGCUCCUGUGGGAAAAUGGCGGCUUGGAGUCCUUGCUGCCUCUUGGCGGCGCUGCUUCUCCUCGGGUCGGGCGGCGCGAUGGGCGGCUUGGUGACGUGCGGCUCGGUGGUAAAAUUGCUGAAUGCACGCCACGGAGUCCGGCUUCAUUCGCACGACGUGCGCUACGGGUCCGGCAGCGGGCAGCAGUCAGUGACGGGGAUCGUGGCCAUGGAUGACAGUAACAGCUACUGGCGUGUUCGGGGCAAGACCUCCACUGUGUGUGAAAGGGGCACCCCUGUAAAGUGCGGACAGGCAAUUAGGCUGACCCACAUCAACACAGGCCGUAAUUUGCACAGCCAUCACUUCACGUCGCCCCUCUCAAGAAACCAGGAGGUCAGUGCCUUCGGGGAAGAUGGUGAAGGAGACUUCCUGGAUGACUGGAUUGUGCUGUGCAAUGGCCCCUACUGGGAUCAGGCCAGCGAAGUGCAGUUCCAGCACUCCUCCACAGACGUGCUUCUUUCAGUGACUGGCGAGCAGUAUGGGCGGCCGAUCCACGGCCAGCGAGAGGUGCACGGGAUGGCUUACGCUAGCCGGGACAGCUACUGGAAGGCAAUGGAAGGGAUUUUUGUGAGGCCCGCAGAACUGCUGAAGAUGGAACUGCACCACACAGAGCUCUGAGAGCAAAAGGAGUUCUCUGGCUCCCCGGGCUGGACUUUACCCAGGAUGCAGGAGUGCCUUGGCACGCACUUUCCUCUGCAAGUUCCCACAGAAGCACCAGGAUGAUAACCUGCCGUGGAAGGGAGGAUUUCUGUCACUGCAUAAUGAUAUUCCCCUUUGUCCUUGUCCUCCUUCUCUGCACACCUUCUGUUGCUGACAUUCAAGCACACAUGUGUAUAGUUUGGUGAGAGCCAGUUUGGCGUAGUGGUUAAGUGCAUGGACUCUUACCUUGGUGAGCCAGGUUUGAUUCCCUGCUAUAUGCACCUGCUAAUGUGACUUUGGGUCAGCCACAGGUUCUCUCAAGGCUAUUCUGCUCAAGAGCAGUUCUAGGAGAGCUCUCUCAGCCCCACCUACCUCACAGGGUGUCUGUUAAGGGGAAGGAAAGGAGAUUGUAAGCUGCUCUGAGACUCCUUUGGCUAGUGAAGGAAAAGGAAAGGUCCCCUGUGCAAGCACCAGUCGUUUCCGAAUCUGGGGUGACGUUGCUUUCACAACGUUUUCACGGCAGACUUUUUACGGGGUGGUUUGCCAUUGCUUUCCCCGGUCUUUUACACUUUCCCAGCAGCAAGCUGGGGACUCACUUUACUGACCUCGGAAGGAUGGAAGGCCAAGUCAUCCUGGCAAGGUAUAAAUCUCUUCUCCUAGAUAUCAGCAUUUCCUUGAGAUUGGAAACAAAGAUCCUACUGCAGAUUUUUAAAAAAGCUCUUAAGUUUGGUGUAGUGGUUAAGUAUGCAGACUCUUAUCUGGGAGAACCGGGUUUGAUUCCCCACUCCUCCACUCACAGCUGCUGGAAUGGCCUUGGGUCAGCCAUAGCUCUGGCAGAGGUUGUCCUUGAAAGGGCAGCUGCUGUGAGAGUCCUCUCAGCCCCACCCACCUCGCAGGGUGCCUUUUGUCGGGGAGGAAGAUAAAGGAGAUUGUGAGCUGCUCUGAGUCUCUGAUUCAGAGAGAAGGGCAGGGUAUAAAUCUGCAGUUCUUCUUAAUUAGGGCUUCAACUGCCUUGCUGUUAACAGCAUCUUUGAUUUCUUCUGUCAGCCUUGGAAGAAACGCCUGAGUGAUCUCUGCCAAGUUCGGUGACUGACCGUACAGGAAUCCUGGUCAUGCUUCAUAAUCUGAAAAAGCCGACAAAGCUUCUUUGUCAGCUGUGCCCUGUGACCUGGAAGUUCUUUCCUUGUACAUCAGAGUUACUUAGGUUUUUAUUUCUUGGUGAUGCUGAGGCAAAAGCUUUCAGCUGUGGGGCUUGGCACGCACACACUACCUGCUUUGAACUGGGCCACCGUCCAUGGAAAGCGACUGUGUGACAUGUCUAACCCAAGCCCACCUUGGUACACAGUUCCCCAAGCGACAACUUGGUUUAAAGGAUGGUGGCAUGCAAGUCCCAAAGGAGAAUGCUUUCGCUUCAGUCCGCCAUGGCCUUUAAAUCAAGCCUGAUAGGUAUUGAAAAGGCUGCACAGGAAUUAUUAUGGAAUCCCUUCCCCAGCUAUGAGUGUGCUAUGUUUUUGGCAUUUGCUAAAAAGGGGUAUGUUUAUCCAAGCUUUCUGCUGAUUAAAAAAAAAAUUAUUGCAA